CCUAUCGUGGAGGAAUGAAGGCGGAGUAUCAAAUAUGUGUUCUCUCCUGUUAUUUGACAGUCAUUGACGAAAAAUCUGGUGCCCAUCAGUUCAGACUUUUAUGGAUCACCCCUAUGAAGAAGCAGGCUUACAAUGGGACAGAGUACCUCGGAAGAAGAGGUCCAAAUAAAUGGCCCAGAGGACGAGUUUAAUGAAAUCAAGACAUUUGUGGAGGAGGAGCUGCAGACGAGUAUGAUGAUGGGGAUCGUAAUUGGUGCUGGUGUCGCCAUAGUCAUCAUUGCAAUCCUCUUCUUCUUCAUACUGCGGCGGAUCCACCUUCGAAACCUAGAAGCACAGGAGGCCCCUAAAUAUCGCUUUCGCAAGAGGGACAAAGUCAUGUUCUAUGGGCGAAAGAUCAUGCGUAAAGUCUCCCAGUCUACCUCUUCCUUGGUGGGUACAUCGUCCUCUUCUCGACCACGCCUGAAAAAGAAGCAGAAGAUGCUCAACAUUGCCAAAAAGAUCCUGCGCUUUAAGAAGGAAGUGCCUACAUUGGAGGCUAAGGAGCCUCCUCCAUCCGUAUUAGAGGCUGAUCUUACAGAAUUUGACGUGGCCAAUUCUCACCUUCCUUCUGAGGUGCUUUAUAUGCUCAAAAAUGUCCGUGUUCUGGGCCAUUUUGAGAAGCCCCUCUUUUUAGAGCUCUGCAAGCACAUGGUGUUUGUACAAUUCCAACAAGGGGAGUAUGUCUUCAGACCUGGCCAGCCGGAUAGCAGCAUCUACGUGGUUCAAGAUGGAAAACUAGAACUGUGCCUUACUGGAAUGGAUGGCAAAGAAAGUGUUGUGAAGGAGGUUUUCCCUGGAGACAGCGUCCACAGCCUCCUUAGCAUUUUAGAUGUCAUCACGGGCCACCAGAAGCCUUACAGAACAGUGUCGGCACGUGCUGCUGAGGUUUCCACUGUUCUUCGUUUACCAGUAGAGGCCUUCCUGUCUAUAUUUGAGAAGUAUCCAGAGAGCCUGGUGCGGGUUGUACAGAUUAUCAUGGUUCGUCUCCAGAGAGUAACCGUUUUAGCCCUGCACAACUACCUGGGCCUAACUAAUGAGCUUUUCAGCCAUGAAUUGCAUCCUUCACGCCAGCCGCCUCUGUCUCCUCACCCGACCCGCACCAGUCCCAUCCGCCAUGGCAAGCGCUUUGGCAGUCUGACAGUGCCUGAGGAGCAACGUGAAGCUGCCAUAAAAAGUGCAAUGUCUGGAGAUCAAGGGAAGGAUGGAGUUACACUCAGCAGGACCAUUUCCAUGCCUGUAGAUAUUGCUAGUUUACAGAAAGGUCUUAAAUCAGACUUUGACAUGGCAUAUGAAAGGGGGCGGAUCUCUGUGUCUGCUGAAGAUGGCAACACUCCGCCCAACUUUACUCGGUCUGUUUCCCAGGAGCAGCGGGAGAGGAAGGUGACAGUGGAAGAGGUUCCCUCUGGGAUCUACUUAUAUCCAGAGGAAGAGGCAGGGGUGGACAAUAUUUUCACAACUGUAACCUGCCGAUCCAGUUCAGCAUUGUUUGAGGAAGCUCAGAAAGAAAUCCUUAAACUCAUGCGAAUUGAGGACCCCUCUCUGUUAAAUGGAAAAGUGACUUUACAUCACGCUAAAGCUGGAGCUGUCUUAGCCAGACAAGGUGACCAGGACGUGAGUCUGCACUUUGUCCUGUCUGGUUGCCUGCAUGUCUACCAGAGGAUGAUAAAUAAGCAAGAAGCUGUCUGCCUGUUUGUGACCCACCCAGGGGAGAUGGUGGGACAGCUCGCUGUGCUUACUGGAGAGCCUCUCAUUUUUACCAUCAAAGCCAUACGAGACUGCACUUACCUCAAGAUAUCUAAAUCCGAUUUCUAUGAGAUUAUGCGGGAGCAACCUAGCGUGGUGUUGAGCGCAGCGCACACCGUGGCCAUCCGGAUGUCACCUUUUGUCAGGCAGAUGGACUUUGCUAUUGAUUGGAUGGCUGUAGAAGCGGGUAGAGCCCUCUACAGACAAGAUGAUAGGUCAGACUGCACAUAUAUUGUUCUGAACGGACGUCUGCGUUCGGUGAUCCGCAAAGCAAAUGGCAAGAAAGAACUUGUUGGGGAAUAUGGAAGAGGAGACCUCAUUGGAGUGGUUGAGGCAUUGACCAAACAGCCAAGAGCCACUACUGUACAUGCAGUAAGAGACACUGAACUGGUUAAGCUGCCUGAGGGGACACUCAACAACAUUAAAAGACGAUAUCCUCAGGUGGUGACGAGGCUGAUCCAUCUAUUGGGCCAAAAAAUUCUGGGGAACCUUCAACAAGGUCGAGGUCCAUUCUCAGGGUCAGCCCUAAGUCUGCCUACCAUGGCCACCAGUACUGAUGUAACCAACCCUGCCAGCAACCUCUCGACUGUAGCUGUGUUACCAGUAUGUGACGAAGUGCCAAUUAAUGCAUUCAACAUGGAGCUUAGCCAUGCCCUCAAUGCAAUUGGUCCAACUUUGCUAUUGACUAGUGACAUAAUCAGAGAGCGACUUGGAGCAUCUGCUUUGGACAGCAUCCAUGAGUACCGUUUGUCCGGUUGGCUGGCCCAGCAGGAGGACAUCAAUCGAAUUGUCUUAUACCAGACUGACAACAGCAUGACCCCAUGGACUCAGCGCUGCAUUCGUCAAGCAGACUGCAUCCUUAUUGUUGGCCUGGGAGACCAGGAACCUACCCUAGGAGAGUUGGAGCAGAUGCUGGAGAACACAGCAGUCCGUGCAUUGAAACAGCUGAUCCUUCUCCACAGAGAGGAUAGUCCAGGUCCUUCCAGGACUGUCGAGUGGCUUAACAUGCGCAGCUGGUGCUCAGGGCAUCUUCACUUAAAGUGUCCUCGCAGGGUCUUUUCCAGACGUAGCCCCAGCAAACUGAGAGAAGUCUACGAAAAGGUUUUUGAGAAAACGGCAGAUAGGCACAGUGAUUUUUCUCGGCUGGCCCGAAAGCUGACUGGAAACAGUAUAGCCCUUGUGCUGGGAGGAGGCGGAGCAAGGGGUUGUUCUCAUGUAGGUGUAAUUAAAGCUAUGGAGGAGGCAGGGAUUCCCAUUGACAUUGUUGGCGGGACAUCUAUUGGUUCAUUCAUUGGUGCUUUGUACGCUGAGGAGCGAAGUGCCGUCAGAACCAAGCAGAGAGCCAGAGAGUGGUCAAAGGCCAUGAACUCUGUAUUCAAAACGGUCCUGGAUCUUACCUAUCCCAUCACCUCCAUGUUCUCUGGGUCUGCAUUCAACACAAGCAUCUACAAGGUUUUCCAGGAUAAGCAAGCUGAGGACUUGUGGCUACCAUAUUUCAAUGUCACCACAGAUAUCACAGCGUCUGCCAUGCGUGUUCACCAAGACGGUUGCGUCUGGCGGUAUGUUAGAGCCAGCGCCUCCUACACCCCCUAUUUACCUCCCCUCUGCGAUCCCAAGGAUGGCCACUUGCUUGUGGACGGUUGCUAUGUAAACAAUGUCCCAGCGGAUAUUGCCAGGAACAUGGGUGCCAAAACGGUCAUUGCCAUCGAUGUGGGCAGCCAGGACGAGACAGACCUCUGUAACUAUGGCGACUGUCUGUCUGGCUGGUGGUUGCUGUGGAAACGAAUCAAUCCCUGGGCUGAAAAAGUCAAGGUGCCGGACAUGGCAGAGAUCCAGUCUCGGCUGGCCUACGUGUCUUGUGUGCGGCAAUUAGAAGUGGUCAAGAAGAGUGCUUAUUGCGAGUACAUUAGACCGCCAAUUGAUCGUUUCAAGACCAUGGACUUUGGAAAGUUUGAUGAGAUUUACGAUGUGGGCUUCCAGCACGGUAAACUGGUGUUCACUGGCUGGGCCAGAGGUGACAUCAUUGAAAACAUGCUAAGGGACCACCGAUCAGCCGACUACAACGACAGCAAAAGAGUCGAUUCAUGUACAUGUCAAGGAGCUGACUUCACCGACCUUGCUGAGAUUGUAUCCAGGAUAGAGCCAGUCCAAAACUACGUCUCUGCUGAGGCGGAGGAGUCAGACUGUCUGACAGAGUACGAGGAAGAUGGGAUGGAUACUGUGAGAGAGGAAGAAGGACAGGAGGAGGAAGAAGAGGUAGAAGACCCAGAGGACCAGUCCCCAGGAGAGUGGGUUCCGAAUGGAGUCUUUCAGACUGAUGAAGAAAAGUCUGUAAGGCAACGUAGGAAACUCACCAAUGACGCCUCAGAAGUCUCUGAUUGCUGACAGCAAGCUGCAGCAGAAGAUUUUGAAGUGGAUCAUAAGCCAACAAAGAACUUGAACUAGUAGCUUCACUUCAGAUUUUUCUGGAAAACCUUUUUUUUGUGUGUACUUUUUUUUCUCUGGAACUCAUCCUCUAAGUCUAAGCUGUCUCAGCACCUCUGAGAUAACGGAAAGUGGCUUGCUUAUUCUGUUCCGCAAGAUGUUAAGAGGAUUUUUCAACCACGGAUUUCAAAAGGGGCCCUUUCACUUCAUGUACUCUAAUUCUUCAAACAGCGACAGGACUCCAAUAAGCAACCCUACAUCGGAGGACCUUUCACAGCACUGCAGUAGAUAGAUAGCUGCGAAAUGGCUAGAAAGACGCUUCAAUGCAUGCCUCCUGAGUAUUAAUAUACACUGUGUAUGUGUCAUAGUUGCAGGACACUGAAAGAUAAUGUUGACCAGAAACAGGGAAUGCCCGACAAAAUGAGGAUUGAAAGAUUUGUAUGGGACUUAAAGAUAUUUUUUUUUAAUGUCUUUUAAGAAAUUGAGAUAGACCAGUAAAUUAACUGUGAUUUUAAUUUAAUUUAUUGUAAAUUAGCACACGACGGCAGCUUGCUUUCUGUAGUUGAGAAGCAAGGAGAGAGAGAGAAUGAUUCUGUGUGUUUAUUAUAACUGCGAUUGUCAAACUGCAAAAGCCUUGCAGCCAGCUUUGAACUCCCGCCCGCUGUUUGCCACAAAGCGACAAGACUGUUUUAAUUUUGACUGUACAGCAGGGGUGUCAAACUCAUUUUGCAUUCGUGGGCCACAUUUAUGCCAAUUAGUUAGAUCAACCGGAUGAGUACAUUUUGGAUUUUGGACAAUUACUCCUCACACACACACACACAUUUUUUAUAAAUAAAUAAAAUACACUGAAUACAUACAAUAUUCACAAUUUCUGAAGAUUAUCUUUUUGGAAAUAUUUUUUAAAAAUCAACCAAACAAACUUCGCAAAAAUAAGUGUACAAGUUGUCCUCGGGUUACGAACAAGUUUCAACUGCUCACUUAGACACAAAGAGUUGCCACAGCAACUGUUUAACAAUCAAUCAAUCAAAUUAAAGGCCCUCAAAGUGCUUUACAACAAAAACAUUGCUCAAGAUAAAUAAAAGGCAGGAAAGUAUUAUACAAUGACAUUAAAAAGAAAUGAAACAAAAACAGCACAUCGUGAAAAGUCCAGCAAAUGAAACGAUAAAACCGAUAAAAUUCAAAAACAUUAAAAACCCUGAAGCAAAUAAAACCAGGCUAUCCUAAUCUGUGGAAAAGCCGAGUCUAAAAAGGUGUGUUUUUAAUCGAGACUUAAAAAGACCUAGAUCCGUAGUGGUGCGGAUUUCAGAGGGAAGGCUCUUCCACAGCCUGGGGGCAGCAACCGCAAAAGAUCAGUCUCCCCACUGUUUAAGUUUCGACCUCGGAACAUGUAAAAGAAGCUGGCCGGUUGAACGAAGAGUCCUGCCAAAGUUACGGAAGGUUAAAAUUUCCGAUAAAUAAUAUGUAGCCUGUUUAAUAGAAUUAAAAACAAACAGUAAAAGUUUGAAAUCAAUUCUAAAAUGGACUGGAACGACAAGGUAAACGAUGAUUGACGCAUGCGGCACUUUGACGUUUCGGCUUCCAUGCUCUCUCUUGAUAGAUCAAACCUUAAUGUCUGUCAAUCAUUGUUAACUUUACUAAGCAACUCCUGUGCACUGCCCGACCAAGAAAAGCAGAUUUACAGUGGGGCAAAUAAGUAUUUAGUCGACCACCAAUUGUGCAAGUUCUCCUACUUGAAAAGAUUUAGAGAGGCCUGUAAUUGUCAACAUUGGUAAACCUCAACCAUGAGAGACAGAAUGUGGAAAAAAAUAAACAGAAAAAUCACAUUGUUUGAUUUUUAAAGAAUUUAUUUCCAAAUUAGAAUGGAAAAUAAGUAUUUGGUCACCUACAAACAAGCAAGAUUUCUGGCUGUCAAAGAGGUCUAACUUCUUCUAACGAGGCUCCACUCGUUACCUGUAUUAAUGGCACCUGUUUUAACUCAUUAUCGGUAUAAAAUACACCUGUCCACAACCUCAGUCAGUCACACUCCAAACUCCACUAUGGCCAAGACCAAAGAGCUGUCGAAGGACACCAGAGACAACAUUGUACACCUGCACCAGGAUGGGAAGACUGAAUCUGCAAUAGGUAAAACGCUUGGUGUAAAGAAAUCAACUGUGGAAGCUAUUAUUAGAAAAUGGAACACAUACAAGACCACUGAUAAUCUCCCUCGAUCUGGGGCUCCAUGCAAGAUCUCACCCCGUGGCGUCAAAAUGAUAACAAGAACGGUGAGCAAAAAUCCCAGAACCACAGAGACCUGGGACCACAGUAACAAAGGCUACUAUCAGUAACACAAUGCGCCGCCAGGGACUCAAAUCCUGCACUGCCAUACGUGUCCCCCUGCUGAAGAAAGUCCAUGUCCAGGCCCGUCUGCGGUUUGCUAGAGUUCAUUUGGAUGAUCCAGAAGAGGACUGGGAGAAUGUGUUAUGGUCAGAUGAAACCAAAAUAGAACUUUGUGGUAGAAACACAGGUUCUCGUGUUUGGAGGAGAAAGAAUACUGAAUUGCAUCUGAAGAACACCAUACCCACUGUGAAGCAUGGGGGUGGAAACAUCAUGCUUUGGGGCUGUUUUUCUGCAAAGGGACCAGGAUGACUGAUCUGUGUAAAAGAAAGAAUGAAAAGGUCCAUGUAUCGAGAAAUUUUGAGUGAAAAUCUCCUUCCAUCAGCAAGGGCAUUGAAGAUGAGAUGUGGCUGGGUCUUUCAGCAUGACAAUGAUCCCAAAUACACAGCCAGGGCAACAAAGGAGUGGCUUCGCAAGAAGCAUUUCAAGGUCCUGGAGUGGCCUAACCAGUCUCCAGAUCUCAACCCCAUAGAAAAUCUGUGGAGGGAGUUGAAAGUCCGUGUUGCCCAACGACAGCCCCAAAACAUCACUGCUCUAGAGGAGAUCUGCAUGGAGGAAUGGGCUAAAAUACCAGUGUGUGAAAAGCUUGUGAAGAGUUACAGAAAACGUUUGGCCUACGUUAUUGCCAACAAAGGGUUUAUAACAAAGUAUUGAGAAGAACUUUUGGUAUUGACCAAAUACUUAUUUUCCACCACGAUUUGCAAAUAAAUUCUUUAAAAAUCAAACAAUGUGAUUUUCUGUUUUUUCCCCCCCACAUUUUGUCUCUCACGGUUGAGGUAUACCCAUGUUGACAAUUAUAGGCCUCUAAAAUUUUUAAGUGGGAGAACUUGCACAAUUAGUGGUUGACUAAAUACUUAUUUGCCCCACUGUAUGUCUGAAUUUAGGGCAUUUACAAACAGAACUUUCAAGUUACGAAACUACUUCCAGAACCAAUUAAUUUUGCAAAUAGAGGUACCACUGUAUAGCAUUGUUUAAAUUUUUUUUUUUUUUUAAAUCAGACAUUGUCGGCAGUUACUCAUUACCAGAGUAUUCUUUCAGAGUAUUCUUCCCCUGAAUGCUUUUUUUACUUGUAAUUUUUGGGGGGGAUGACUACUUUUAAGUGAGUAAUAUUAUUCUGACGUAACGCUACUCUUAUUUUGAGUAAAAUAUCUAAUAUAGGAUGGGAAGAGUACGCACUCGCUCACACAAGUCUAAGCACCUUCGGUUUUAUGGUGCUCAUUUCAAAACAAAAGCAUCUAGUUCUGUAUGUACUAUAUGAAUGAACUAAAAUGAACAACCUCAUGGGCUUCAUUGGACCGCCAUGUGGGCCAUACGUUUGACACUUCUGCUCUACAGGAACACCAGGCAGCUACUUUAUGGUCUCAUGCAAACAAAAGUAAUGCCACACAGUACAACAUACCCGCGUAGAACUUUUUUUGACUCUACUGAAAAGCAAUUUAAUUAAAUAGUUUCAAUUGUGUUACUUGCCAGAUCUAUUGUAUUAAAGCAACACUCGGUAACUUUUCAACCUUUAUAAAGUAUUUUCAUAACGUUUGUGAUAAUAUGUUGACUGAAAACUAGUUGAAUGACACUGCUUUUAUAUCUUGAGGGGGUCUCUAUCGCUUUCACCGGCAAUAAUUAACUCAUUCACUCCCAGCCAUUUACACCGGAGAAAGGCCCUUCGCUCCCGGCCGUUUUACUGGAUUUUGACUGAUUUUGGAAGGCCCACAGAAAAUUCUUUUCUAUUGCUAUAUAAACAUGGAACCCACCAAAAGAAAGAUUAGACUCUCUUCUUUCAGCAGAAAAAAAGUUAGUUCAUAUCUUUUUACAUUCUUUCGAAAUCAGCAUUAGAAAAUAGCUUAGUUUGAGCAAUUUUCCAAUUUCUGUUGAAAAAACGGAGAAAUUGAGCUUUUUGUGAAACAUAACUUUAACUUAUACACAGCUAUUUUUUCCUUUAGUUACAUCCCAAACAUCUGAAUAAUGUUUUCCUUUUACAAAAUAAGAUUAACAACAAGACAAAUAGAGCUUUUGAUAGCUAAGUAACAAUUUAUUUACACAUAACUAACUGAAAGAUGACGCUGUUCUGGCCACGACAGCCGGUUAAACUUUUCCCUCAUCACUGUCUGUCUCAUAAAGAUGAAUUUUUUUGAGUCUCUGCGGGCUCUGCUCGCGAGCAGCACGGGCUCGAAGGCAUCGUCCGCUGCACUAGUGGUCCCGGCCGUUCUGCUCGGUCGUCCAGCACCUGGCAUCCCGGGCGUCCUACCGGUUGUUCUGCUCGGUCAUCCGCCGCCUGGCAUCCAUUCGGUUGUCUUCCGCCGGCGCCCGGCCGUGCGGCUGGGCCGUCUGUUGCCAUUGAAUCGGGUUGCGGCUCUUACCAAAUGCGCUACUGCCCUCCAGUGGCCAGUUUUAUUGCUUUAAAAUGGAUUUUCAGAUUUGUGCUUUGGAGCUAAAUUGAAUCAGAACUCAGAGAGAUCUUUUUUGAAAAACAAAAACGUAAAAUAAAUACGUCUCUGGAACACUGAAACAAUUAAAAAUAGAAUGUUUUUAUUAGGGGUGUCAAACGAUUAAAAUUUUUAAUCGAGUUAAUUACAGCUUAAAAAUUAAUCACAAUUUAUCGCAAUUCAAAUUAUCUAUAAAAUAUGCCAUUUUUUUUCUGUAAAUUAUUGUUGGAAUGGAAAGAUAAGACACAAGAAGGAUCUAUACAUUCAACAUACGGUACAUAAGUACUGUAUUUCUUUAUUAUAACAAUAAAUCAACAAGAUGGCAUUACCAUUAUUAACAUUCCGUUAAAGCGAUCCAUGGAUAGAAAGACUUGUAGUUCUUAAAAGAUAAAUGUUAGUACAAGUUAUAGAAAUGUUAUAUUAAAACCCCUCUUCAUGUUUUUGCUUUAAUAAAAUUUGUAAAAUUUUCAAUCAAAAAAUAAAGUAGUAGCCCGCCAUUGUUGAUGUCAAUAAUUACUUACACAAUGCUCAUGGGUGCUGAAGCCUAUAAAAUCAGUCGCACCCAAGCGCCAGCAGAGGGCGCCAAACUCCGAGAAACACAACAAGUACACAUUUCACUGUGCAGUCAUUUUAAUCUGUCUGAGCGGGGGCAUUUGUGCGUUAAUUGCGUCAAAUAUUUUAACGUGAAUAAUUUUAAAAAAUAAUUACCGCCCAUUAACGCGAUAAUUUUGACAGCCCUAGUAUUUAUACGUUUUUGGGAGCAGAUGAGUUAGUAUUUAUACGUUUUUGGGAGCAGAUGAGUUAACUUUGAGAAGGGUGGCAGGAACCCUGCCACACAAAAAUACUUCAGAUGUGCUAAUUGCUUAACGGCAUAUGUCACUUCCCCCUUUCUCCAUUCAUUAUAAAGACUGAAGUCGAUGCGAACACUUUCGCGCGAAUUCUGCAAAGAUGGCAGAGCAAUAAAACAGACAAAAAGUUUUGUCUGAGGAGGAAAAAAAAAGCAAACUAGCAGGAUAGACAGAAUAAACAUUGGCCCGGCUUUCACUCGCUGGCGUGAUGCCCCCUUCCAUCCCCCCAUGGUUGGGGAGGUUAGCCACACGGUUGCUAAACAUCAUAUCAUAUUGUUUAGCCACAACUGGAUGCAUUACCUAAUGACUAUUCAUCCUUCACACAACCACUGGAAACAGAAAUCUUGUUGCGCCGAUCAUGUUUUUUUGCUCCCGAUCCCGAUCGUUUUAGUUUGAGUAUCUGCCGAUCCCGAUAUUUCCCGAUCCGAUUGCUUUUUUUUUUUUUUUUUGCUCCCGAUUCAAU